AUAUAUUACAGUCUAGGGCUCGCUGCUGAAAAGCCUGCUGGAUCUUCCAGUGACCUGCUGUUCUUUCCUGCUUUCCUGUGUGUUUUUUUCUUCCUCUCUAGAUUUAGAUUAAAAACAAAGCCCGUUCCUCCUUCUCCUUUGCCUUUUUAGAUCUCAGCAAAGAAGCCCUGUAGUUUAGAGGUACUGUUACAAGGUUGGAAGACUCGAAUGGAGAUUCGUGUUUGUUUUUGUUGCUUAUUGGGGACAUUUGCAGAAGGACAAGACAGCUGGACUUGAUUCUUCUCAAUUCCCUGCUUCUCCCAGUCUCCUGAUCUGUGUGGGACUGAGAGCCGGACAGUAACGGAGUGGGACGUCAGGGAAUUCUGGGGGGAAAUCCAGUCUAAGUGUGAGUAAGGGGAUCUGUUUUAGGAGGACCCCUCGUCAGAUGCACUGACAGCCUUCUGCGGCUCAGAAAGGACAGAGCCGGGUUCCCAAGCUCGAUCCGGGGAUCUGUCCCCUGGUGGAGGGGGACGCAGGACUACGGAGGGUCAGCGCGUUGCCCGUCAAAACCGGCAUCCCUCCGGUGACCAUGUACCCGCAGGGUAGACACCCGGUACCUCUGCAGCCAGGACAGUCAUUUAAGUUCACGGUGCUGGAGACUCUGGACCGCAUUAAAGAGGAGUUCCAGUUCCUUCAGGCUCAGUACCACAGUCUCAAGCUGGAGUGUGAGAAGUUGGCCAGCGAGAAGACAGAGAUGCAGCGACACUAUAUCAUGUACUACGAGAUGUCCUACGGGCUCAACAUUGAGAUGCACAAACAGGCGGAGAUCGUGAAGCGACUCAGUGCUAUCUGUGCUCAAAUCAUCCCUUUCCUCUCUCAGGAGCAUCAACAGCAGGUUGUUCAGGCGGUGGAACGUGCCAAACAGGUCACCAUGGCAGAACUCAAUGCCAUCAUUGGGCAGCAGCAGCUCCAGCACCUGUCUCACCACACUCCAGGUAUCCCUCUCACUCCUCACCCUUCAGGUCUGUCUCUGGGUGGUACAUCGGGGCUGCUAGCCCUCACCGGGGCUCUGGGAGUUUCCGCCCACCUGGCUAACAAGGACGAACGCAACCACCUUGACCCUGAGCACCUGCGAGAGGGUGCGCCCAGCAGGAGUAAAUCAGUGUCGUCAACUGACAGUCAGGCAGCGGAGGAUCGUCAGGGUCCGUCAGGGGUUUAUCCCUCACAGGCCAGCAGCGAUGCCAAACGGAGACGGUGUGAUGAAAAAGACGUCCUCCCGUCUCACUACGACAGUGACGGAGACAAGAGCGAGGACAAUCUUGUAGUAGAUGUCUCAAAUGAGGAGCCUUCCUCUCCCAUAGGCAGUGCCCCUCUGUCUCCUCAUGGGAAUGGGUUGGACCGAGCCCCAAGCCUGAGGAAAGAGCUCCCAGGAUCCCCCAGUCCCCCACCGGCCUCCCCUCCACACAGCCCACCCCCUGGCAAAAACAAGGACACCAUACAAACAGAAAAAUCUCAGUCGCCCUCUUCUAAAUCAGGCAAUUCCUCUCCCUCUCACCAUGACCCUCUCACCCCUGGUCCACCCGGCCCACCCGGGCCCAGCACUUCCUGUUUACGCCUGGUCAACAAAGCUGCCUCCUCGGCAGACCCACUGGCUCUUCGGAGUCCCUUGACUAUGACGCCUGGCUCUUACCCGGCUCACUUCGGGGUUGUAUCCCACGCUGGGCUUAACGGAGAGCUGGCCAGCCCAGGCGGGUUCGGAGGCUCGCUCACCCUCUCUCCCCAAAUCAGUGCUGCAGCCAGUGCCUACACACGCAGCCCUUUGGUAGCGUAUGAAUCACGUUCACAUCUUAGGCCCUCAGGGCUGUCCUCCUCGCUGCCUGGCUCCACUGGUGGCAAGCCUGCUUACUCGUUCCAUGUGAGCGCAGAUGGUCAAAUGCAGCCGGUGCCCUUCCCUCCUGACGCCCUCCUCGGCCCUGGCAUCCCGCGGCACGCACGUCAGAUCCACACCCUCAGUCAUGGAGAGGUGGUGUGCGCGGUCACCAUCAGCACCUCCACGCGUCACGUCUACACCGGCGGAAAAGGUUGUGUCAAAGUGUGGGACAUCAGCCAACCGGGCAGCAAGAGCCCGAUGGCCCAACUGGACUGUUUGAAUCGAGACAACUACAUCCGAUCGUGUAAGAUUCUCCCAGAUGGGCGGACCUUGAUAGUUGGGGGUGAAGCCAGCACGCUGUCCAUCUGGGACUUGGCCACACCCACUCCACGAAUCAAGGCCGAAUUGACGUCCUCGGCUCCGGCCUGUUACGCUCUGGCCAUCAGUCCUGACAACAAGGUCUGCUUCUCCUGCUGCAGUGAUGGAAACAUCGUGGUCUGGGACCUGCACAACCAGACGCUCGUCAGGCAGUUCCAAGGCCACACAGACGGAGCCAGCUGUAUAGAUAUUUCCAACGACGGGACCAAACUGUGGACUGGGGGUCUGGACAACACAGUGCGCUGCUGGGACCUGAGAGAGGGCCGACAGCUGCAGCAGCAUGACUUCACCUCACAGAUCUUUUCUCUGGGUUACUGUCCUACGGGCGAGUGGCUUGCAGUGGGGAUGGAGAGCAGUAAUGUGGAAGUGCUGCACGUCUCCAAACCAGACAAAUACCAGCUGCACCUUCACGAAAGCUGCGUUCUCUCACUCAAGUUCGCCUACUGCGGGAAGUGGUUUGUAAGCACGGGAAAGGACAAUCUGCUCAAUGCAUGGAGGACGCCAUAUGGAGCCAGUAUUUUCCAGUCAAAGGAGUCCUCGUCUGUCCUGAGCUGUGACGUGUCCCCAGACGACAAGUAUAUUGUAACUGGUUCUGGGGAUAAGAAAGCCACGGUGUAUGAGGUGGUGUACUGAGCUCAGACAAAGACAGACGGAUGGAUGAACAAAGAGCGCCAAGCAUGACACAAUCAUGACCGCGUGGCAGGCAACCAUGGCUCUUCUAUUUGCGGUCCUUUCGCUCCAUCCAGUCACCAUAACUUAAGAGACAGAGAAAGGCUUUGUUCGCAAUGGCAUACUACCAUACUACUCAUACUAUUUAUGCAGUAUGUAAACUGUGCACAGUAUGAACAUUUUCUUUAUACUUAAAAUUCUCAGAUGACGCACUACAUUAACCAAAAUUUCCUGUAAAAACACUUUGUGAGAUACUGUAUCCCAUGGCGAUGUGCGCAACUUUACCUUCCAGUUUAAAGUCGGCAUGGAUUGCAAAUUCACUCUAUUUUCUAAACAAUCCUAUUGUGAAUGAUUCAUUCAUUUCUUUUUUUAAUCAUUUUUUGACUGACUUUGAUCAAGAUGACAUAUUUUGUUUCUUUUCGGUAAUUCGAAUGUACAAUAAAUCACAAUACGGAAGGAAAGAUUUGUUGCUACUUCUAUUACAGUAACACAAGACGAAUUGUUUGCAUCAUAUUUUUCAUAGACUACAAUAAGUGUAAUUUAACUUUAUUAACAAAGUACACAGUACUCGUUAAUUAAACGCAACAAUGUAGCAUACUACUAUUUAUCUUCAUUUUUCUGUCCUUAAAUUGUAUGCAAUGUACAGUAUAUACCGAGAAGUAUGCUAGUAUUCUAUUACGAACGUGGCACAUGAGAGUGGAGCUGUUAAUUGGAACGGUCUCCAAGCUAAAAGAGGAAGCCCCACAGACAGCUGGUACUUAGGGAGCUUCUUCUUACAGCAACACCAAAACCAGACAAUCAUUUCAUUAGUCACAAACUCCCUCCAUAAAGAGAGCACACCAAUCCCCCCAACCCCCACCAAAGAGAAAAGACAGUUUGGAGGCUCCUGACUCACGUUGGAGCUUUUCUGGAUGAACACGAUAUGGGCGUACAAACAAUUCUCCACUCGCCUAUCCAACCCAAUUAGACAUUCAUGUGGCAAAUCCCAGUCGAGUUCUCCAACCUGCAUUUAAUUUCCUUCUUCCACAAGUCAGUGUAUGAGGAGCAAGGGUAAAUCAUGCUGGAUUCGUGUGGCAAAUAUUCACAACCACAACCGUUAUUCGUUUUAAUUCCUGUGGAUUAUCAUACAGAUGUUGUGCUCAUUUGUGGUUUAAUGCUCAUUUUCAAGUCAUUAAUUAUCUUUUAGCUUUGCAUAGGGAAAUCUUUUUAUAAUUGCUCUACUUCAGUAAGAUGAAGCAGUGCAUCAGGACCUAUAAUGCAAAUACCUAAAAUUUGAAAUUAGUAUAUGAUAUAUAAAGUAUAUAAUUAAAAAUGUUAAAAGAAAUCUGAUGUUUAAUGCAAAACAAUAUUAUUUAAUUGAAAUGCAGCAUCAAUUUGCAUCCCUAAAUGUAAUUUUUUCUUAAGUUAGACAUAGAGAAAUGCUUGAAAAUCUGAGCGGUCCUAAAACAGAGCCCUGAUGCGCACCAUUGAAAAGAAGAGCCGUGGUUGCCAACCUGACAAGGAAUGUUCAAGGAGAGACACUACAGAAUUCAUCUACCACAUGCACCAAACAUCCUGCUGGGUACAGAUUUUUUUUUUUUUUUUUUUAAUUACAGUUUUGUUUUGUUCAUUCUUCUUUUGAUCUAUAAAGCUUUUCUCAGCACUUGGAUGAGUCGAACCGUUUUUGCUUGUGAACCGAAGGAAUUGUAUCACAAAGUUCUUUCUCUUUUUUUUUAUGGCAAUAGUAAGCAGUGAAACCACAGUGUUUUGAUCAGUCUGUUUAUUAUCCAGAAAGUGCGGUGUUUUUAUUUUUUAAAUAGCUGAAAAUAUGGCUGCCUGCAAACAGUUGCAUUUGUCUGUUUCUAGGUAGACCGUCUCUACUGCACGAUCUGUCUUUGACAUCACGCUAUAUAAAUAUCUGUAUCUACCCUUAUAUAAUGCAUUGUUUGUAUACUGAGAACAGUGUUCACCGUCAAGAUUUCAUUAAAGACUGUCGAAAGCCAAGGAACUUUUUUCGAAGGCAUUGCUGUGAUAUCCCUGUAGCACUUCCCAUGUGAUGUAAAAGACAUGUAUACGUUGACAAAUUAAACGUGGUCAUCUUUUGAA